AGGCAUUGUAAAAACAACGAAAAAUGUCGCUUAAACAUUUGCACUCGUAUAGCACUCCCGGAUAUUGCGUAGCUAGUAGACUGUAAUGUUUUGGCGCAGUAGACUGUAAUGUUUUGUCAGUAACCGUUUACUGUCACUAAUUAGCGGUGGUGUAAGUGAUUUUACCGUCUAGUAGCAGUCAGACAGAAUAGACCUUUUCACAGGGCGUGGCACCAACAACGUCAUCACCUACCGCGGCGUCAAUUUGGUUCGCUUUUGAUGCAUUGGCGUUUGCUAACCGCGUGAGUCUAGAGCCAAAGCAACAAUUUUUCUUUUCGAACUUUAUUCGGUGCGUAUAGCGAUGCAUCGAAUUAGGUGAGGCCUCAUUAAGACUCGGCUCUUGUGUGUUUUGCGUGUUUUACGGUGAUGAACAACCUUUUUCUGAUCUCUUUCGUGACUCUGCCGCGUCAUUUUGAGUGAUGAUUUAACAUUGAGACUUGACAGACGUCAAAUGCAGGUACAAACGUGCGUACGUAAUCUAUGAUGCGUGUUCUGUGUGGUACGCACUUACCAAAUGGUUUGGUUUGUACCUCCUGAAUACUUCCUAGAAAGUGCAUCGUUUAGGGAAUGUCUGACGUGAAGAGGAAGUCUUUAGACAAGUCUGGAGGUACUGAGAGAUAAACCAGUCACUCAGUGUUGCUGUACUGUGUUUACUUUUCCGUCAUGUCGUUUUCCAAAGUGCUCGUAGAUUCAGUGUUUGGCAAGAGUCCUGAGAUGUGUACAAAAAGAGAUCUUUGUAUGUUCUUACAACGACAUCGUACUAUUGCCAGUGACCUUGCUCUUUCAACAACUGGAACAAAGUCUAUUCUUAUUGAAAGAGUCACGAAUGCCAUCAAACAAGGAAUGUACCUGCUAGAAGAUUCUAGUGAAGAGGCAGAACAAGAGUGUGUUUUUGGACUGCCUGAUUGUGCUUCAGAUGGUUGGCAGAAUCAGAUGGAGGAAAUACACAUGGUCUGCCCAGUAGUAACAAUAGCUAGCAUAUUACACCACAUGCGACCAGCAACAGGCGUGUCAUCAAUUCAGGCCGCUGCAUUCAGAAGUCUGACAGAAGGUCAUACCGUGUGGAAGUCUGGUCAUGUCAUUGAGAUGGUCCUCAAUACAACUCAGUUUGCCUAUACUUGGAUGAAGUUCAAAGUGCUAGCUACAAUGAAACAAGAGAUCAGGAGAGUAUGCAUCGCCUUUGAGAAACGUAGCCACAACAUCAAAUUUGCACAUUGCACUUGUCCUGCUGGUCUAUCACAUUCAUGCAUUCAUGUGUCUGCUGCUUUGUGGUCAAUGGAAUCAUUUGGAAGCAAGCUUGCCCCUACAUCAAAGCCCUGUGCUUGGAUACAACCAAGAAGCAAGGAGAAACCAACUGGACCUAUCACCAGUAUCUCUCUUAAGAAGCACAAGAUCUUCAGACAAGAGAAGCUUUCUUCCAUGACUACCACUAAGGCAAAAGAUUUUGAUCCAAGACCUCCUGCUUUGAGAGGAAAAGGAGAGAUCAUGAUGAAAUGUUUUGCUUCUGACCUUAUCAACAGUUACAAAAGUGACAACAUGCCAUUGCUUGUCAGUGUCUUUAUUCCCCCACCUCCCCCACCUCCUCCUCUUCCUGUGGCAAGACCUGAGAACUUCCAAAUGUUUUUGUCAGAUGAUGAACUUUUACUGGCAACAACAACAGACAUUGCUGAUCCUGUUAAAGACAUGGGUCAUACUGACCUGAAUGAACUGAGUGAUAUGUGUGCUGACCUGGAUGAACUGAGUUGUAUGUGUACUGCUUUUAAGGCAUCUUUGCAAGUGUCUGAUGCGCAGCAGAGUGCUAUUGAAUUUACAACAAGAGGCCAGAUGUUGUGA